AUGUUCAAUUUGCUACGGAACUGGCGCUGGUGUACGACGCGGUGCAGCUGUUCGCCAGAGCGCUCAGCGACCUCGACAAGACGCGGGCCAUCGAAGUGCUGCCGCUCAACUGCUCCAAGGAGCAAGUCUGGCCACUUGGAGCCACUCUCGUCAACUACAUCAAGUGGGUUGAGCUGUACGGCUUCUCUGGACUGGUGCGUUUCAACGCAUGUUUUAACGUUGAAUGUUAAGGUUGAGCUGUACGGCUUCUCUGGACUGGUGCGUUUCAACGCAGACGGGGCGAGGAGCGACGUUAAGCUUGACGUCGUCGCCCUCACUGAGGGAGGCCUGCGCGUCAUCGGCCGGUGGGAUCCAAUCGGAGGUGCGAAUUUCACGCUACCUGGUGACUCUGCCGCACGUCGAGCGGUGAAAUCGAUGCGUAACUCGCAACUCAAAAUCCUGUCCAUUCUGUCGCCCCCUUUCGCCAUGAGGGCACCUGAGGGGUCUAGUUCUGCUUACGAGGGCAUCAGCGUCGACCUGGCGAGGGAAAUAUCCAGGCUGCUGGGUUUCAACUACACCUUCAACCCUGCGCUGGAUGAGUACGGCGAGUUCAACCCAACUCAACAACGAUGGACAGGACUCACUGGAGAGAUUGUUGAAAAG